AGAGCCAGUAGGGCAGGUGAAAUCCAUCAAGCAGCUUUGCUUAGAGGGAUUCCUAAGUGAGGCGUGCCAUGCAAAUCAAAGACAGCGAGCGAGAGGGGCCGGUGCUCCCAGGGCACCCUCCUGGUAAAGACUGUGGUGGGACACAGGGCCGCCGCUGCGGGCCAGAGAGCCAGCUGCUUGGGCAGCACUGAAGACAGAGUCAGGUCUCCUAUGAGCAUUGCCCCUUCAGGGGCACAGUGCUAUAAAAGCUUCACGUUGAAGAUGUCUUGUCUAUUUUUCACAGAGGCGAGGAUAUCGGGUGUGUGGAAGACAAUGGCCCCUGACCUUUGGUUGUACGGCUUGGUGCUUCUUCUGCCUACGGAAUCCUGCAGGAUAUUAUGCCAGGCCACUAGCAAAAGCAAGGAUACGGUGAUGUCCAGGCCACAUGGUGUAUGUGAGGGUGUCUGUAAGGACAGUGAUGCCCCCUGCUUUCAAUCUUGCCCUCCAAAAAGUGAGGGCAGCAUGAAAUUUGCCUGUAAGGCCAAGAAAUGGCACAAAGUUACCGAAACCUGCCACACUCUGAAUGCCAUGAACAUGUUUGAGGAGGAUGAGGAAUUAUAUUCAGUUCAGUCCACUGAAUCGACUAUACUUCUACAUGAUGAGUCACGUAGAAAACCUCAGACCAUAACAGAUAUGCUGAUGGCAAAGUGUCCCAAGGAUUUAUCUUGCAUCAUCAGAAGCAUUCAGAAGUCUCCCCAGAUGCCAGGGAACAUUGCUAUGGUGGUAGAUCUCUUACACAACAUCUCCACAGUCCUAACCAGAGAGGUCAACGAGGAAAAGAUGCGGAGUUACAGCACCAUGGCUAACCAUAUUCUUAACAGCACAAGCAUAUCAAAUUGGACCUUCAUCCAAGACAGAAACAGCAGCUGUGUCUUGCUCCAAUCAAUCAAUUCAUUUGCAAGCAAGCUCUUUGUGAAGGACCAUCUCAUCAACAUAUCACAUGUCUUCAUUCAUACCCUGGGCACGAGCCUGUCCAGGGACAGCCGCGGGAGGAAUUUCACUUUCUCAAUGAGAAUUAACGACUCAGGCGAUGAAGUCACUGGGAGGGUCCUGCUCACAACUGAAGACCUGCAGAAGGUUCCAUCUCCUUCCCAUGUCAUCAGCAUCGCCUUCCCAACCCUUGGGGCCAUCCUGGAAGCUAGUCUUCUGGAAAACAUGACCGUGAAUGGGCUUGUCCUGUCUGUCAUUUUGCCUAAGGAGCUUAAAAAUAUCUCGUUGAUGUUUGAAAAGAUCAGCAAGGCAGAAGGGAGGAAGUCCCAGUGCGUGGGCUGGCAUUCCCUGGAGAGCAGAUGGGACCAGAAAGCUUGUAAGCUGAUUCAAGAAAAUUCCCAGCAGGCUGUUUGCAGGUGUUGGCCAAACAAGUGGUUUUCUUCCUUCUCCAUUCUGAUGUCACCUGACACCUUGGAGAACCCGGUUCUAAUUUAUAUCACGUACAUAGGCCUGGGCAUUUCCAUUUGCAGCUUGAUCAUCUGCCUGUUCAUUGAGGCCUUAGUCUGGAGUCAAGUGACAAAGACAGAGAUCUCAUAUUUGCGUCACCUGUGUAUCGCUAACAUUGCAGCCACCUUGCUGAUAGCUGAUGUGUGGUUCAUUGUGGCUUCCUUCCUCAGUGGUCCAAUAUCCCACUACAAAGGAUGUGUGGCUGCGACAUUUUUUGUUCAUUUCUUUUAUCUGGCUGUGUUUUUCUGGAUGCUUGCCAAGGCUCUCCUUAUCCUCUAUGGAAUUCUGAUCGUGUUCCAUACCCUGCCCAAGUCAUUCCUGGUGGCCUCUCUCUUUUCAGUGGGCUAUGGCUGCCCUUUGGUGAUUGCUGUCAUCACACUUGCUGUCACGGAGCCUGGAAGAGGCUACCUUCGCCCUGAGGCCUGCUGGCUUAACUGGGACAUGACCAAGGCUCUCCUAGCCUUUGUGGUUCCAGCUCUGGCCAUCGUAGUAGUAAACCUGAUUACAGUCACACUGGUUAUCAUCAAGACCCAGAGGGCUGCCAUUGGCAGUUCCAUGUUCCAGGAAGUAAGAGCCAUCGUGAGGAUCUGUAAGAACAUCGCCAUCCUCACGCCACUGCUGGGGCUGACCUGGGGAUUUGGAAUAGGCACGGUCAUCAGGGGUCACUCUCUGGUCUUCCACAUUAUCUUCUCCUUACUCAAUGCAUUACAGGGCUUCUUCAUCCUCAUGUUUGGAACAAUCCUGGAUCCAAAGAUAAGAGAAGCCUUAAAGAGUCGAGUAAUGUCUGCCAAAUGGGCCUCCAGAGCAUCAGAGGAUCUUUCUUCUGAAUUCUCUUGUAAUCCCACCAAAGGGCCAAGCUAACAGAGCAGCAUGCAUCCCUACCAUGGGAGGUUGCUCAUUCCUGGAAUGGCAGUGCCUGAGGAAGCAUGCACUUCAUUCCUGUCCUCUUGCCACUGAGUACUUCGACUGAAGCCUCUACCCUGCAGAGCUGAUGGAGGAGGGGGUGACAUGUGGAAGGCCCCUCUGUCAAAGCUGUUCUGUGCUUCUAAACAUGUCUUGCCCACCAACUGCAAAUCUACAUACGACACACUAAGCAUCCACAAGGGACAAGAAGACAAAGUGGGUAUCAACAACAGUGUCUCACUGGUGCCUCCACCUCCACACUGCUGGGUCAUAUUUAUCGUCAGGGAGAAAGCUCGGCUUUUCUCAGCAAAGGUGGCCUAGGAUGCAAUGUGUUGGAUUCUAAAGGAGAGUUCUCAAGAAUAGUCUCCAACAGUCGGACUGACUCUAAGUAGCUCCCAGCUGGUUCUGUGGAGAAGGACGCCUACUGCCAGUAUGUUCUACUUUUCCAAAAUCAAACCGAUUAGAUGGUCAAGUAUGGCUGGGGUCUGAAUGCAACUUCUUGGAUGGUGAACCAAGAGAAAACUGUAGAGUGUUGGAAUUGGACAUGAUGUCUGUUUUAAGAUGCGGUGGAAAACUGGAGCUGUGAGUCACGGCUCUGCUAACCUGGGCCAACUCUGUUGGCUUCCAGGGCUUCACUUUGUAGGCAGAAGUUUCUGUCACAUCUGGUUCUGUGGCCAUUUAGUCCCAAAUAAACACGCAGAGGCUUAUAUAAUCUAUAAAUUGUUUGGCCUAUUAGAUUAGGAUUAUUAUUAACUAGCUCUUACAACUUAAAUCAACCCAUAAUUCUUAACGAUGUUUAGCCAUGUGGCUUGGUACCUUUUCUCAGUAAGGCAUUCUCAUCUUGCUUCCUCUGUGCCUGGCUUGUGACUGCAUCUCUCCUUUCCUCUUAAGAGAAUUCUCCUACUCUGGUUGCCCUACUUAUACUUCCUGCCUGGCUACUGGGCAAUCAGCAAUUUAUUAAAUCAAUAUGAGUGACAAAUCUUUAGAGUAUACAAAAAUAUUGUCCCACAGUAUUCCUCCUUUUUCUCUUUUCAAAACAAGACUCUGAAUCUAAUCUCCUUUGUUUAGCUUUUUUCCCCCUGAUCAUUAUCCAUAACAACUUGUAACCAACACUCUAAACAAAGACAAACAUCAACAAUCCAUUUAUUGGGAAUGUGGGCAUACUUUUCUAGGCUACUUCUGGCUAACUGAGAGUGCUGAUAAUCUUAUAUGGACCCAAAGAAAAUUUAAGAUUAUGGUCAAGUCCUGACUGGAGCAUUCUGGAGUAUUCUGUGAGACUGGAUCAUCUCAACUAGCAGUCUUGAGAUUGUUCUGGAUGUAGAACUCAGAGAGAACUGCAACAGAGGUGCUCUGAAACAUUGGAUUAUCUGGGCCAUCUGUUCCUAUUGGAGAUUUUUCAGGGGAUCUUCCUUGAUCAAACCUUAUUUUUCUUUUUUCUUUCUUUCUUUUUUUUUGGGGGGGGGGAGGGGGUUUCGAGACAGGGUUUCUCUGUGGUUUUGGAGCCUGUCCUGGAACUAGCUCUUGUAGACCAGGCUGGUUUCGAACUCACAGAGAUCCGCCUGCUUCUGCCUUCCAAGUGCUGGGAUUAAAGGCAUGUGCCACCACUGCCCGGCCCAAAGAUAUUUAUUUAUUUAUUAUGUAUACAAUAUUCUGUCUGUGUGUAUGUCUUCAGGCCAGAAGAGGGCACCAGAACUCAUUACAGAUGGUUGUGAGCCAUCAUGUGGUUGCUGGGAACUGAACUCAGGACCUUUGGAAGAGCAGGCAAUGCUCUUAACCACUGAGCCAUCACUCCAGCCCAAACCUUAUUUUUCUUAAUCCAGAAUGAAUCUAUAGCCUCUCAUUUCCUGUGGAAACAAAAGCAAGAUCUUUUCUCCAAAGUAACAUUAUCUUUUAACUUAAAUUUUAGCUCAAUCGGUAGAGCAUGAGACUCUUAAUCUCAGGGUUGUGGGUUCAAACCUCACAUUGAGUGCGAAGUGUAACACAAAUUAAAAAAAAAAAAACAACCCAGAGUCAGAUAUUGGGGUUCAACCUGAAGAUCAGAAAAGCAAAGCAGCUAAGAAAUACUCAGACUGAAAAAGCGAUCCUGCCUCCACGCAUCCUCAGAAUGAGACUGAUGGGGACAUAUCUCCUCGUGUCUUGUAUUCCUCUUUAGUGCUGGGAUUAAAGGCAUGCACCACUACUGUCCCACUUCUCUGGUGAAGUAGUGUGGCUACUGGGACUGAAAGUGUGUUUCACCACUGCCUUGUCUGUAAGCCUGACCAGUGGGGCUGUUUUAUUUUCUGAUCUUCAGGCAAGCUUUAUUUGUUAAAAUACAAAUGAAAUAUCAAUAAACUACUUUCUGUCCCAGAGCAUGGGGCCUCUGAGGGGCUUUUUGUUUCCACCUUCAGACACGAGAGGCUGCUGAAACCUGGAUGCGGGGAGAGGAAAUAUCAUAUGUCAAGCCCUGUGAUGCUCAUUUUCCUAGCUGCAUGUAAACACAUUCAAUAUUCAAAGCAGAUGUCACCUAGACGUCUAGGUGUAAAACACCUAGGCUAGAAGGCCUCUCUGAAGCAAGCCCACAGGUGGCUGUCCCAGAAGAAAAGCAAAGGUUGAAGAAAGAGGGACCCAGACAGAUGCCCACAUUGUCCUAUGUAGAGGCCAGUAUUAUUGAUGUUCUGUUACAGAUGGGAGGCUGGGCAUGGUGGGUACUCCUGGAAUUCCAGCACCUGGGAGGCAGAGACAUAGAGAGAUGCUCGGAGUUCAUUUUGGUUUACAUGGUGAAUUCUAGGUGAACUAAAGCUAAAGAGUAAGAUCUCGUCUGAUAAAAUAAAUACCCCACACAAAAUAAAAACAGAACAACAAACAAAACUACAAAAAAAAAAAAAAACAACAGCAAAAACCCAACUAAACCCAAACAAAACACACAUGGGAAAGCAAGGCUCACUCUGUGGGGGAGUAGCUCUCCUCCUUUCCAUGAAUCAGAGGUGGUCUAGUCAGCUACUCUCCAGCAUAUCCCUGGAUCUCUUUAGAUAAAGAAGAUGGGGAGACAUAGGGCUGGGUUCUCCUCAGUGCAGGUACCACAGCAUCAUGAACUAACUUGCUCAAGGUCAAUGUAGUGAAGUCAAGAUGAAGUCUCAUGUAACUAGACAGGUGGAAGAACGCUAAAGUGCACAAAACUUGGAAAAGACCAAGUAUUGUCCAUGUCAAGAUGAGAACUCCGAGCCCUGGGGGCGAGGGAGGGAAGCAUGUCUUGUUGGUAUUACACAUGGAGCAGGUGCAUCUGACUGGGAAGCACUCAGUUCAGGUGCAGACACUCUGCGACAGAGCGGUGAUAUCACUAACCAAGAAAGGCCAGUGGAUGCUAACAGAACCACUCCGGCAUUCCUGGGGAAUUUCCUCAAGAACGUGCCCUCUCUCCUGUAGCCAUAAAUACACACUUCAGCAUCUUGAGAGAUGUCAAGGGACUACCCCGACCCUCAACAGAGACACCUGUAGUACGCUUCUCCAUCUCGCAAAGACGUGGUGUGGUCAGGUGGUUCAAGGAGACAUUGCUCUGAAGCAGUUUUGUGGCCCUCCUUGGAAAGUCACUUAAAUCCUUUAGAAUUUUGUCUUCUCAUUUCUAAGUGAGGCUACCUCCUAGGACUAGUGUAAUGAUUCUAAAUAGUAAAGUAUUUAUACUAGUGUUUGGAAAUAAUAAUUGCUCAUUAAAAUGUUAAUUUUAUUACAGUGCCUGUGAAUACAUGCACAUGCAUAUAAAUACACACACACACACAUAAACACAACCAUGGCCUCUGGCAUGAUUGUGAAUGAAGAUAACCCUCAUGGGAGCAAGUUAAUUGACUUCUAAAUAAAACAAUGAAGCACUUGACUUUUUUCUGUGUAACAUUAGGGUUACGAGCCAGCAAAACCCACUGAGGCUCAUGGAACGAGUCUGUUACCUAGUGCUGCCUUACCCUAAUGCAUAGUUCCACUCCUGAGGAACAAGUUUGUCUACUGUGGGACUCUACUCAUUCUGUGGUGUUUCCAAGCCUGGCUUUCCUUUCUGCCUUCUCUGAGGGGUCUUCCCUGACUGGUACCCCCCACAUACUUUCCUAUAAUAUUUAUAUCUGCGAUGUUCACUGUUCAUUAGCAGUUUCUGUGCUAGAGAGUUUGUUUGGUUUGGUCUUUUUUCUCUCUGCUUUCUUUCCCAGAUAAGGCUGCGAAUCUUUAGGAAGAGGCUGACAUAUUUGAUAACCACUUUGUAACU